AUGCUCCGUAAUCUACACCUCUUGCCGCCAGGCAUCCUAGCGUUUCUCUGCACAUUUAUCGUCGGCGCCACGAUAUCAUCUUCGGAGACAACCUUACAGCUGCUGCCCGGACAAUAUACAUCUACGACAAACCCCCAACUCCUCCAUAACAUCCUUACUUCUCGUUCAUCAUCCUUAUCUUCGUCUCCUGGUUUCGGGGACGCCACCAACAUCAACCUCCCGCUGGACCUUGCGCUGGAUCCAGGCAUCGCCGUCUUCCCUCAGCCUCUUUAUGCAGGCCAAUCUGCCUUUGCGCCACUCCCAAUCUCCGCAAGCUCCUCCCUUUCGACGCCACUUUCCACGACCCAAUCCAUUGCGCUCUCAUCUAACAUAUGGAUCGCCCUUGACAACCGCGUCGUGCUCUGGGACUCGGUGCCCGACAUGCGCGAGCUCCCGUUCGGCAACACUUCGUCCCUCUCGCUCGUCGCAAUCCAAUCAGCAUCUUGCUCGCCUGCAUGUUCGAGCACGGGUGGGCUGUGCUCGUCUUCGGGCACCUGCGCGUGCCUGCCUGGAUUCACAGGCGCGUCAUGCGAAACUUGCGCACCAGGGCAUUUCGGUGCGACGUGUCAGAGCUGUGAGGCUGGGUGCACGUCGUGUGAUGAGGGGAUCGCGGGGUCGGGCAGGUGCCUGGACUCCCCAGUGAAGAAUGCCCCCGCGACGUGCAACUGUCUCAACGGCGUCUGUGGCGCAAACGGCGAGUGCGCGUGCAACGCCGGGUUCGUGAAGGCGGACAACGGUACUGCGUGCGCCAAGUGCGACAACGGGUUCUUCCAGACGUCUACCGGCGAUUGCAAACUCUGCCAACUCGGCUGCGAUCGAUGCGCCGACGGCACUGGCGUGUGUCUAGCAUGCAAGUCGGGCUUCACACAAGAUGCCAAUGACCGCACCAAGUGCACACCGGUGCCCACAUCGACGUCCAGCGGCACUAUUUGUCCCCAAGGCAGCUUCGCGAACGGGGCUACCUGCUCCCCCUGCUCUCCGUCGUGUCAAUCAUGUACGGGCGGGACGUCAAACGACUGUACCGUCUGCGCGCCCGACACGUUCGCGUUCAACGGCGGCUGCGUGCGCGCGAGCUCUGACGGCGUGUGUGAGGGCUCGACGCGCAUUGCGGACAACAACAAGAGAUCGUGCGAUGCGUGCCCUGCCAAGUGUUCUGCCUGCCGGAUCCCCAACUUCGACCAGGCAUCGAUCGCAAGCAAGCUCCAGUGCACAGCGUGCAUACCGGGUUCAUUCCUAUCGAAUGGACAGUGCGUCGACGCAUGCCCAGCUGGGACAGUUGUCUCUUCGCAAGACAAUUUCACGUGCACUCCAUGCGACUCUUCGUGCACCUCCUGCGCCGGCGACCCCAAGUUCUGUCUCUCCUGCGCGAACAACCAGUUCGCCACCUCAGACGGGAAGUGUGUGCAAUCCUGCCCUUCAAACACCCUCUCCUCCCCGUCAAGCACAUGCACGCCGUGCCACCCCGACUGCGCGUCGUGCUCCGGCGGCGCCUUCAACCAAUGCACUGCUUGCCCGCCAGAGCGCCCCGUCCUCGCCAACGGCCGCUGCCUUCCCACCUGCGCGAAAUCUCAGUUCCUCGAUCCGACGUCCUCGACAUGCCAGUCAUGCGACUCCACAUGCUCUAGUUGUUCCGCCGCGGGCCCGUCCUCCUGCCUCGCAUGCUCCGACAAUACACAGGUCCUGCGCGCAGGACGGUGCGUCGCUGCCAACUGCAGUGGUUCUUCGACGGUUCUCCCUGGAUUAGGCGUCUGCCUCUCCGAGCUAGUGUCCGUGCCCCAGCCCUCUGGGACGGGCACCGCGCCCCCGCUGCCCACCAUCACAGGCCUCAACACGCCCACCGUCGUCACGAACUCGGGCAAACGCACGCUCGAGUGGUGGCAGAUCCUCCUCAUGGCCUUGGGCUGCGCGUUCAUCUUUCUUGUGAUCGUAUGGCUGUUCAGGCGGCGCGCGAGGAAGUCGCGCGCGAAGCGCACUGCGGCGUUCGCGUUCGCGCAGGGGACGCCGCCACCGGCUGGUACUGGUACGAGUUGGUGGUGGCGCCUCAAGCGCUCGAUUGUUUGGGACCGCAGCACUUCGCCUUCGCCGGCGCGGCCGAACGUCCUCGUCCGCAAUUCGCCCCCUCAUCCUGUUACGGCACCGUUGGGAAGUAGAGGCGGAGGCGGCGGGUGGAAGUGGCGGUUGGUGAGAUGGGGCGAGAAGUUAUUCGGACAUCGCAAGAGCCAGCGCGUGUUCUAUGGCACUCAAUCUCAACCACAGCGGACGUACAAGAUCAGCGAGCCGUUCGGGAUGACUCGUGACGCGGAGUCGAUGAGGCUGCAAAGGUUGCGCGCAGCGGAGGAAGCUCGACGUGGUGAAGACGACUACGAUAUGCUGCUGGGGCAGUAUGAUUACCCACGGCCGGGCGAUGGGGAUGGGGCUCCUGCUGCGGCGAACGGAUCCGUGACGCAGGCGAUGAAGAAGGAGAAUAAUUGGAAUCGGAGCAGGGACUCGCUGAUGAGCGCCCCGUCGAUUUACUCGCAGAUGACGGGCAUGCCGAGGAAGGGGCCGGACCCCAGGAUUCCCGUUAAGAAUUGA